AUGGUGUACAAUUCGUUGACUGAAAUUCCCCGCAACCUCAAGGAGGGCAUUGACUGGUUGGUGGCCCUGAGGGGAACUGGAGAUGAAGACAACCUGAAGGCUAUGGGCGCCGCUCUUUACCGCUUUAUGUUGUCCAAGCCUCUUGGUAAGAUGGAGCUGCCAGCUCUCGAGAAGGUAAAGCGCUUUUCGAAGUACUUCUUGAGGAAACCGGAGCUUGAGGGCCACCCAUUCGUAAAGGGGAUGCUGAAACGAUACAACGCACCAAUGGACAAAAACCCGAAAAAGAUCGGCAAUGUAAUAAAAGGUGUCGAGGAAAGUGAUUACAAGAACGUCGUAAAGGCCCGGGGUACCAAGCCUGAAGCAAUCGCAAAGAACUUAGGUGAAGUAGUGGAUGCAUAUGAAAAGUUCUUGGAUGAUAUAAAAACCCCUGACCAGUACGAGUCUGCUUACAGUUCGGAGGCGACGUGGGAGGCAUCAUGCUCGAAGGACCCAGAAGCUUGCGUAGUGAUUUUGGUGGGGAUUGCGCCAAUGUUGUACGCGAGCAUAAGGCCUUUGAAGGACGUGGCCACAACUGCUUAUGCUGACGGACCGAAUUCUGAGGAGGAAGACCGUAUGCAUGGAAUGUUGGACGCCAUGGGUUAUGGAGAGUCGGAUCGCCCCGCUAAAAUCAGUGGUGCAAUUGUCCGCAAGGCACUGGGAGGUCUGGACAAACGAGUACUGGACAUCAUAUACGAUUUCGCUGGGUUCUGGGCUUUCUAUUGA